GUCCAAGAGAAGCAACGAAUAUCAAAUCACUGAAAACGACCUUGAUAGAGAGGAAGAAGUUGUUGAAGCCGGUUCUUUUGAAAAGGCUAGUGAAGAUGAAAUCAAGUCAAGGAAAAAAAUUGUUGCCAAGAAGAAGAAUCCACAACAACCAACUACAUCAACACCUGCCACAGGAGGAUUCAAUUUUGUUCUUCCACAAACAAAUGCAUCUGGAUUGUCUUCAACAACAUCCGAACCACCUAAAAUGGCUUGGACAUUCGGUAACACUACAUCAGCACCAACAACAACAGGAGGAUUUGUUUUUGGAAAUCAACCAGCAGCUACCACUGAUCCUAAGGAUAAUAUUAUCAAGGAAUUGGAAAAGAGAGUUAAAGACUUGGAAAACCAAACUGAGACAUUGAAGAAACAAUUACAAGAAAAGUCAUCAGCUCCUUCAACCGGUGGAUUUGCAUUCUCUUUCAAUCAACCAAAGCAAACUACUCCAGUUACAUUCCCAACUCCAGCAGCUGUCACAACUCCUGUUGUUGAAACAAAGCCUGUCACAAUUACACCAACAGCAGCAGUCGUUCCACAAGAAAAGAAGGAAGAGGAAAAGAAACCUGAACCAAAGGUUGAAGAAAAGAAGGAAGAAGAAAAGAAACCACUUUUCAACUUUAAUUUUAAUAAUGGCUCUUCAACAGCAUCAAGUGAAUCAGGUAAAUUCUCAUUUGGUGGAUUUUCAUCCUUCUCUAGUCCAUUCGGAGGUUCAACAGGUGAAAGCCAAUUCAAAUUUGAAAUUAGUAGCAAACCACCAACUUGGACCAAUCAAGAAUACAAGCCAAAGGAAAGUGAAGAUGGAGAAGAAGACGGUUCCGAAGAUCCAUCCAUUCCAGAAUCGCCAUCAAGAGCCACUAGUCACAAAAUUAUUGAUCUUCCUGCUGUUGAAAUCAAGUCUGGAGAAGAGGGAGAAAUUGUUGUGGGAGAAUUCAAACUUGCCAAGUUGUAUAGAACUGUUGUAGUUGAUGGAAAGUCAUCAUGGCAACAAAGAGGUGUUGGUUCAUUGAGAUUAAACGUAAGAAAGGAUGAUGAAAAGAAUGCUCGUAUGGUAAUGAGAACAGACUCAGUAUUCAAGCUUAUUCUCAAUUGUAAAAUUAUUAAGGGUAUGAAAUUCACACCACUCCAAGAACAAUCAAUCAUUUUCCCAGUCCACAAGAGUCAAUUGUGUGAGCAAUUAUCUGCUGAAGAGUUGGCCAAGGAACCAGAAUUUGUCUCCCAUCUUAUUCGUUUUGAUCAAAAGAAUGAUAGACCACAAUUUAAUCAAAAGAUAGAAUCCAUCAUUUCCAAAUUAUAAAUCUAAAUUUCAAUUC